UUUUUACAUUUUUUAUUUUUAAAAAAGCUCUGCUUGUUUGCUGAUGUAAGUAUAAUUGGUAUGGACAAAGAAGAAGGUACCCACCCACAAAAACCCAGUAUGUAUGAUUGUUUGUAAUUUUCCUCAUCUUACUAACUAAAAUUACAACUAUAAUAUCAUCAUAAUCAUACUCAUGAUCAUCAUUAUCUGACUUAACUACACAAAUAUCUCUUCUUCUUUCUCUCAUUUUAUUUGGAGAUGCAAAUCACUUUGAUAUCUCCUAGGAUUCUCCACAAAGUUAGUGCCCUCUUUCUUUUUUUGGUUUCUCUCUCUCUAAAUUUUCUCUCUCCUCUCUUUCUUUUCAUGUUGAGAGAGGACUUUUGAAUUGAAGAUGCUGUUUCAACACCUCAAACAGAUUGAGUUCUUCAAGAUAGAAGAUAGAGAUCCUUCUUGGGAGUUUUGUUAUUUGUUCUACAUAUUUAGACUACUUUGGAGUUUUGGGUCAUAAUAUUUAAAACUUCAAACAAAGGUCUUCUGUAACAAAAACAAAAAUAAAAUUUGUAUUUAUAAAAGUUUUGUAAAUUAGUCUAAGAAAAAAAAAUAGUUAAUUUUAUACAACAGAAGUCUCUGAAUAUGGAUGAUGGUUCCUUUAAUCCUACAAACAAUCCGCCAGUUUUUGGAAACAUUGACUAUGAUUUAAUGGAACAGCUCUUAGAUGAUGGAUGUUGGUUACAAACAGCUGAUGGGUCAAACCUUCUGCAGUCAGGAACGAGUUCGGGUCAGGGUCAGGGUCCAAUAAGUCCAUCCACAUCUCGCGGCUUGAGUUAUCCUUCAUCAUUUUCUUUCCCUAGUUUGGAGCCUGUCUCCAGCAGUUUGACCUCACCAGGUAAUCAGCGUAGUAGCUACCGCGAAAAGUGGAGUCCUAAGGCAGAACAGGCAGUGGAUUCAGAAAAUCAGGAUGACAGCGCGAUAACACCACCAGCAGCAGCAGCAGUUCUGAACCAAGCGCGCAGCUUCUCAUGGGAAGGCAAUGAGCUGAACAGAAUCUUGUGGAUAGGACCCAAGGCGAAUUCAGGUCCUUCAAGUUCUGUCAGAGAAAGGUUGAUGAGAGCAGUAAGUAGUUGGAGAGACUUGAAUAGAAAUAGAGAUGUGCUGAUUCAGAUAUGGGUGCCUAUUAAGAAAGGACUAAAGAGUUUCCUAACAACAGUGGAGCAACCGUACUUUCACCAACCUUCGAGUAUACGGUUGCUCCACUACAGAGAUGUUUCAGAGAAGUAUGAGUUUUUAGCAGACGAAGAUACUAAACAGGCACAUGGAUUGCCUGGGCGAGUCUUCCUUGGCAAGGCGCCUGAAUGGACGCCUGAUGUUCGAUAUUUUAGGACGGAGGAGUACCCACGUCAAGUUUAUGCACGACAGUUUGAUGUUCGUGGCUCCAUUGCACUUCCUGUUUUCGAGAAGGGCAGUGGUGAUUCCUUGGGUGUUGUUGAGAUUAUCAUGACUACUGAUAAAUUCGACUAUCGUCCUGAAAUUGAAAGCGUUUGUAAAGCACUUGAGACUGUUCAUCUUAGGAGUUCAGAAAUUCUUGACACUCCUCCGGAACAGUCCGGUAAAAGAACUUAUGAUGCUGUACAACCCGAGAUAUUAACUGUGGUGAGAGCUGUAUGUGAUACACUUGAUUUGCCUUUAGCUCAAACAUGGGCUCCGUGCUCACAAGAAGGAAAAGGCGGAUGUUGGCAUUCUGAAAACAAUGUUAAUUGUGUUUCAAUUAUUGAUUCUGCUUGUUAUGUGCGUGAUCAACGAGUUAUGGAUUUUCACAAGGCCUGCUCGGACCACCACUUAUUAAGAAGCCAAGGAGGUAUAGUUGGCAAAGCAUUUGACACCAACCAGCCUUGUUAUGCUACUGAUAUCACAGAGUUCAGUAAGGUUGAAUAUCCUCUGUCUCACCACGCAAGGAUGAUUGGGUUGCGCGGUGCAGUAGCAGUAAGGCUCCGUAGCAUCUAUCAUGAGAAGAACGAUUAUGUUUUAGAAUUUUAUUUACCAUCAAAUGUUCAAGAAAAAGGUCUAGCUUUUCAUUCUAGAAUAUGGCAGUCUGUGUCAAUGGUCAUACAGCAGCAUUGCCGGUAUCUGAAUUUUAUCACAGACAAGGACUUUGAGCAGAAGGUCUUGUUCCCUGGAAAGCCGGCUGCAGAUAAUGAGACUAAAGAGACUUCCUGGUUUUCACAGAUGAUGGAACCUCAGAGAAAGGGUAAGGAGGUUGUGGUUUCACUGGAAUUUGGAGAAGACGAGCCUAGUAAAGGAUUUAAGGUGAUGAACUGGAGUGAUAACGAGCCAAGUUUACAACUUGGACAGGCACUUUCUGAUAGUGAAAACAUCAACCAAGAUUCGGGGUCUAAAGGAAUAAGUGGUACAUCGUCUGGAGGCCGACUUCCUCUAAGUGCCAGAAGUGAAAAGAGGAGGACCAAGACUCAGAAAACAAUCAGUUUGGAUGUACUCAGGCAAUAUUUUGCUGGUAGUCUAAAAGAUGCAGCUAGAAGCAUUGGAGUUUGUCCCACAACUUUGAAAAGGAUAUGUAGGCAACAUGGAAUUGCAAGAUGGCCUUCUAGAAAGAUCAAGAAGGUGGAUCAUUCUCUAAGGAAACUUCAACUGGUCAUUGACUCAGUGCAAGGGGCCGAAGGCUCCAUACAACUAUCUUCCUUCUAUUCAAAAUUCCCUGAACUUAAUAGCCCAACUACACAGCCAAAACAAAGUCAAGUAUCGUCGAUAAACUUAAACAAUCAACCAAAGCAACAACCAACAACUCAACCUGAAGGGACAAUACACCCUACAGGAGGCACAAACUCUAACUCCCCGGCCUCUACCUCUUCCAGCCAAACCUCCACUUCUAGUUACUGCUUUUCAAGUGGAGCAAAGAUGUCAUCUCCUGUUACAACCAUUGCCUCUGGGAGUAAGGAUGCAUCGACAAUAGAAGAUCCUAGCGGUUCUCUCAAGAGGGCUAGAAGUGAAGCAGAAUUACAAGUGCUAAUAAGUAGUAAAAAAGAAGCUAGCCAGAUAUUGGAAAGAUCUCAGAGCAAUAAAACACUUGCUGAGCAUCCUUCUUUUGAAACUCUGCCUCCUCUGCCAAUAACAAAAAGUUGGCUUUCGAGGGAGGCAGGUGUUUUUAAAGCUAAAGCUACUUUCGGGGAUGAGAAAGUUCGGUUCUCCAUCUUACCAAACAUGGGAUUCCUAGACCUGCAACAAGAAAUUGUGAAAAGAUUUCACUUAGAAGACUUGAGUAAGAUGGGAAUCAAGUACUUGGAUGAUGAUAAAGAAUGGGUUCUUUUAACUUGUGAUGCUGAUCUAGAGGAGUGUAUAGAUAUACAUAAAUCGUCGGGCAGCCACACGAUCAAACUUUCCAUCUCCCCUCUUUCGAGCUUGGCUAGUUCAUUUGGCAGCAGCGGUUUAUCCUAACUUCAGAAUUUGCCUGUAUGUAGUUUAUGUUCGAUCUUAUUCUUUAUCAAUAGUUACAAAGAUAGUAGUUUUUUUUUUUGUUUUUUUUUUUGUUUUUUUUUUUUUUUUUUCCAAUAAUUGGGACAUUGGGAACUUUUUUACUUCACCAGUAACCAAUCUGAUGAAUAUCUUGUAUUUUAUUUCAUACCGUUGAAUAUUUUUGUUGAUUAUCUUUGUAUUUGACAUUGUAUACUAGAAACAAAAAGAUUAUUUGCACA